GAAAAUGAGUGGCUAACGACACUCCCCUCUUGGCUAUCCCCACCUUCUUCUUCCCAAGCACACGGCCCCGAAAUCCACCAUGAACCCAACCGCCGCUCCGAUCCGCUCGCCCUCUCGCCUUCGCCGCCAUGGCCAGCGCCCUCACGCCCGCGCUCACUCCCGCUUCUAGCUGGACGCGUCGUCUUCUCCCCGCAGCCGCCUCCGCCGCCUCGGCGCGAAGCCUCCGGCGGGCGUUUCCGGCCGUCACCGCCAUGUCCGCCGCCGCGACGAAGGUGGUCCCCGCCGUGAUCGUCGGCGGGGGACGCGUGGGGAGGGCGCUGCAGGAGAUGGGGAGCGGGGGCGACGUGCUGGUGAGGCGAGGGGAGCCCGUGCCCGCCGACUUCGAGGGCCCCAUCCUGGUGUGCACCAGGAACGACGAUCUCGAGGCCGUCCUCGACGCCACCCCGUCGUCUCGCUGGAGAGAUAUGGUGUUUUUCCAGAAUGGAAUGCUGGAGCCGUGGCUUGAAAGCAAAGGUUUAAGUGAUGCAGACCAAGUAUUGGCGUACUUUGCAGUGUCAAAGUUGGGAGAACCGCCCACUGAUGGAAAGACAGAUACUAAUCCUGAAGGACUGACUGCUGCAUAUGGGAAAUGGGCUUCAGCAGUUGCUGGAAGAUUACAAGCUGGAGGCCUGUCUUGCAAGGUCCUUGACAAAGAAGCAUUUCAAAAGCAGAUGUUAGAGAAGCUUAUCUGGAUUUCAGCAUUCAUGCUUGUUGGAGCUCGCCAUCCUGGUGCAACCGUAGGUGCCGUGGAGAAGGAAUUUCGCUCUGAAGUAGAGAGCCUUAUUAAAGAACUUGCAUUGGCUGCUGCAGCUGAAAAGGGCAUAGUGUUUGAUGAAGGCAUGGAGGACAGACUAUGUGCUUACUCAAGAGCUGUGGUGCACUUCCCUACAGCGGCGAAGGAGUUCAAAUGGCGUAAUGGUUGGUUCUACUCUCUGUCUGAGAAGGCAAUUGCAGAAGGGAAACCUGAUCCCUGCCCCCUUCAUACUGCUUGGCUCAAAGAAAUAAAAGUAAUCUAGACUUCAAUGGACUCACUGUCACAUUUCAUGGAAAUGGCUAUCAAUAUGCAUGACUAGGAGAGAAUGUUGGAGUAAUGAAAAUCCGGUUUUUGUACCUCAUCUUCGACUAGAAAAUAAUAACACAUGCUUUACCAGUUCAGUCUUCUUUUCCAGUGUACGGUGGUGAAGUUCCUUGGUAUCUCAACAGGUUAUUUUCUCCUUGUUCUGAGUCAGAACUACUGGAAAAGUUAGUCGAAGUACACGUCGGGGUUUAAUUUUUUUCAUGGGCUCCCAGGAAUUGUUGGUUCACUGCUUGUCUGUGACUUUGAUUUAAUGUCCUCUUGACUGGGUUUUCCGCACCAAACUUGAGCUUUGAAUGGAAAGUUCUUUGCGAGUG